UAAAUAUCCAAAAUAAAUCAGUGCAAAUAAUAAAAUUAUCAUCCUUACCAUCAUCAUCAUGACCCUUGUCCACAUUGUCCUCUUCAAGUUUCGCUCUGAUGUGACGCAGGAGCACAAACAGAAAUUCGUUUCAGAAUUAAAAACACUCAAAUCUCUACCUUCUGUCAAAAAUGGACGGCUGAUCGUUGGAGGUCCAUCCGUCACCGAUCCCAUCGAGCGGAGCAAAGGGUUCGAGAUUUCUUUGCUGAGCUAUCAUGAGAACCAGGAUGCGCUGGCAGAAUAUCAGGCUAGUGAUGAACAUCAUAGAGUAACAAGCACCUACAUGUUUCCGUUCAAGGAGGAUUUGGUUCGUUUUGACUUUGAGGUUGACCCGGAGGAUGAAUACAUGUGCGCUUUUCCGAUUUCGAAGACAGCAUAGAAUUAUAAUACAUAACCUGAAAGGCUAUAGGGCCUGUGUUAUAUACACUAUAGAGUCAAACAAUAAUAUUAUUGUUCAUAUUUCCAUAUCCUGCUGGAGUGUCCAUCAGAGCUAGUGGAAGAACUCCCACAUAAGGCCGUCAAUGUCCGACAUGCCACUCCAGCCUUGAAAUCCUCCCUGUAAGAAGUCAUCAAAUAGGUUCACGGGACCAUAGCUAACGCCCGUAUCGUCUUGAGACUGGAUUGGGUAGAUGAGGUGCGCAUUUGAGCCCUCGACACCUAUGCUGUUGUUCUCCUGGGCUAUAUCACGUUGAUCCUGAAAGUGCGCACGAUAAUUCCCAACCAUUUCUGGGCCCCGGGAGUCGCUAAUUCGAGGACGCCUAUUUACCUGGAUUGGAGACGAUCUCAGACCUACGGUAGGGUCACUUUUCAGGAGCCUUUGGAUGGUUACACUGGAUAGUUCACCAAUGCAAUCACGCGCUCUGUUGGCUUCAGU